GCGUCCCGGUGACCGCGGGAUGCUGAGAGAGACGGGAGGAAAACAGAGGGGCCUGAAAGAGUCACGGGAGGCGCCCUCCGUCCCACCCCCACAACUACUGGUUCCUAUUACUGUUAAUUCAUCGUCAUCAUUUCUGUGGAGGUCGAAGCGCCCGAGCCGUCUUCAGCAGAUGCCAACAACUUUUGCCAAGUCUUGGGACAGCCUGCGUUGAGUUGUGGAAGCUGUGGACCUAUGCUUUCCCCUUUCUAAUGUUUCUUUAUCAUCAAACUCCUCUUCGCUGGAGUCAUUUGCACGGGUUGUUAAAAAGAAGAAGAGAUUGCUGUUGAGAAGACGGGUGUGGCUCCUGAUGAGAAUCGAUGUGGUUCGGUAAAUUGAAAAUGUACUGAGUUCCGACUGGAAAUGGAUGAGGAGAGUUUGGAAGCAGCCAUUCGGAAUUACAAUGCCCAGCUGGAGCAAGUGGACCUGGCUUUGGGCACCGGGCUGGACCCCUCGCAAGAAGCGGACCUGAUCCAGCUGCGGUCGGAUUUGAAGCAGCUGAUCGAACUCACCGAAUCCAGCUUGGUGUCCGUGAAGAAGAGCAAGCUCUUUGCCGCUUUGGACCCGGGGACGGUCUCCCCGUCUCUAUCCGCUCAUCGAAACCGAGACAGUAGUGAGUCGGGACAGCGAAAUGCCGACGACGAAUAUGCAGCUUUUCAGGAAGCUGUUGCUGAUGGAGGGGGCGAGCCCUCGGGGAUUCAAGAUGAGGCCUACCCAGAGACAGACAGUGAGGCAGAGGGUGAGGGAGAGGAGGAGGAGGAGGUAGCUAGUGGGAUGAAAGUGAAAGCCCCUUACUACAGUUCUUGGGGCACCCUGGAGUACCACAAUGCCAUGAUCGUGGGCAGCGAGAGCAUGGAAGACGGCACGGCGGGGGUCCGAGUACUCUAUCUCUACCCCACUCACAAGUCCCUGAAGCCGUGUCCCUUUUUCCUGGAAGAGAGAUGCCGUUUCAAAGAGAACUGCCGAUUUUCCCACGGGCAGGUCGUCCCCGUGGAAGAGCUGCGUCCCUUUGAGGAUCCUGACCUCAGCUGCCUGGCCGUGGGGUCGGCCUGCCUGGCGAGGCAUCAGGAUGGGAUCUGGUACGCCGCUCGCAUCACCGACAUCGAUAGUGGGUUCUACACCGUGAAAUUCGAUUCGCUGCUGCUGAAGGAAGCGGUCGUGGAGGGGGACGGGGUCAUACCCCCACUGCGUAGCGAGGAGAGCUCUUCCUCCUCGGAGUCAGACGACGACGAAGUGGACGACGCGGGAUACGCUAAAGUCGUGGAGUCCGGUGCCGCCGAGAACGGGGAAGGGCCCUCCGCUUGCAGUUCCUCCUUCGGCUGCUGGGAGGCGCACACUCGAGGCAUCGGCUCUAAACUCAUGGCUCAGAUGGGAUAUGAGCUGGGGAAAGGUUUGGGGAAGAACGCAGAGGGCCGCGUGGAGCCCGUGUCAGCCGUGGUGCUGCCGAAAGGCAAAUCCUUGGACCAGUGCGCCGAGAUCCUCCAGAAGAAGCGUGAGGGGAAACUUGACACAGCCAAACCCAAGAGACGGCGGGCGAAAGGGAGCGGCGCCGGCCGGGCCUCUCCCCGGACCCCCAAGCCCCCCAGGCGGAACGUGUUUGAUUUCCUGAACGAGAAGCUCCAGGGCGCCAGGGAGCAGCCAGGGGGGCUGACCCCACUGGAGAGGGACAGCAAGGAGAUCUACCACGCCAGCAAGAGCACCAAGAGGGCUUUGAAUGUCCGCCUCUUCCAGACGGUGGAGAAGAUCGACCAGACGCAGAAGGACAUCCGCGGGAUCCAGGAGGCCCUGGCACGCAACGUUGGGCGGCACAGCAUCGCCACGGCGCAGCUGGAGGAGAAGCUAGCCGGUGCCCGCAAGAAACUGGCCGAGCUGCGGACCCAGGAGGCCAGCCUGCAGCGAGAGCAGAAGAAAGCGGACACGCACAAGAAGAUGACCGAGUUCUAGCUUCCCUGCCUCCCUCUCGGCCUCCGUCGGUUGCGCCGGUCAGCCGGGAUUCUGUGCCGCCUGGCGAACUCAGAGCUGGAACCGAACCUUCUCUUCUGGACUUCGUUCAUCCCAGCAGCCAAACUGGGCCAAAAAACCAGGACCAGAUCUGAAUUCGCCCAGCUGUCUGUCUGGGCUGUGAAACGGUUGUUCUGGGGGGUAUACGGGCAGAUUAUCUUUCCUUUUUCUUUGUUACCACUUUCCUAAGAAAUUGCCGGGGAAGUCUUGCAGCCUGCCACAGACGGGGCUUCAGGAAGAGGUUUUAUUAGAGGGGGAAACCAUCAGCGUGGAUCGGCCACCGCCACGUCCAUUGGCUUGGCCCUUGCCCGCUUCCGGGAUUCCUUUGCGCGCUGUCAGGAGCGGAUUUUCCCCUCUCCUCUACCCUGUUGCAGCCGCGAUACCUUGGAAGCACGAAAAAUAGAAAGCAUUAGAGAAGGUGGGAUGGUGUCAGCAGUGGGAUCUCCAAUACCCUGGGGGCGUUUUGGCCUGGCAGAAGGAGCCACUACAUCCCUAUGCGCAUCCUCUGGGCUGCGUGUCGCAUCAAUGUGCAUCCGCCCAACUUUUGUUCCUCUGCAGUGUUCUGGUCUGACGAGUUAAAUCAGGCAUGGGAAACGUGGCUACAAGAUACAUUUGUAAAGAAAACAGUCGUGAGAGUCUGACCCACAAAUC